AUGGUUAGAAAAAGAAAAAAAGAACCUAUAAUACAGUCUGUACAGACUGGACAGCAAGGUCAUCAAGAAUUUCCUUCGUUGGAGCAAAUGAAUGGAAUGAAGAAAGAUCAACUUGAAGAAAUAUGUUUACGAUAUACCAUAAAGUACAGAGUAGGCAUGUCAAGAGAGGACAUUAUCCAAUCAAUUGAGCGAGACAAGGCAGCUAGUAUAGAGUACAUGAAUAGAUUACGUGUAUUUCAAGAUUUUAAUCAACCACCUUCUUCUUCUCCUCUGUACAACAAUAUCAUAUAUAGAAUAUUGGAUCUUGUUUGGAAAGAUUCAACUAAAGACUUUAAUAGACAAUAUUUAAAAUGGCUAUUUUCAUUGGCAACUAUCAAUCGACAGGUCUUUUACUAUAUGGCAACCAACCUCAUUUUAAGAGGUAGAUUUGUAGGUUUGCGUAAAAAAAUUGGUGUGACUCGAGUAGACGAUGGAAACCUACAAGUGUUUAGCCAUAUAUCCAAUCCAUUCUGUUUGAUGAAAUCAAUUACAACGUUGGAAUGCGAUGAAGCAUUUGUAAAGGUGUUUGAAAAUGCUCGACGAGAAGUGUCUUGUGCAAUGACCCAUAUCUACGUUUUGGCAAACAUCACAAAGAUUAGCAUGGAAAUUAAUUCUGGAUUCCCAACUCUUGCAGAGUUACGAUCGUUUUUGGAAUGUUUUCCCAAUCUCAGAUCAGUGUCAAUGUCGUCCAAGAUACUCCAAACCAAUCCAAAGAUUCUUAGUUGUAUUGCCGAUGUGCCACGACUGCAGAGAAUUAAUUUUGAGAAUUUAAUGAUCACAGAGACCAUCCCCAUUCUCAUUGAAUUCUUUUCUCGUAUCCAAUCAAGAUUGGCCAGACCACAUUUAACCAAAAUCAUUCUACCAACUUACAAGUAUCUACCAGACACGCGAGGUUACAAAAGGAAGUAUUUGGGAAUUAAAAAAUUGUAUCAACAUCUACCCGAUAAACACAUGAUACAAUCGUUGGGUGGGUCAUUUAGAAAUGUGGAUACAAAUUAUUUGGAUGCUUUUAUCAAUCUGGAAAAGAUUUCUACUACAUAUUUUGUACCGACUACGCAAACCUAUCCACCACUCCAUCCACACCUACGGUCGGUUAAAUAUUGUAUCACCGAUACUCUUCCUCCUCCAACCCACUUUUUCAACCUACUUUCACUCUACCAAACCAUUACCAACUUUCAAAUUCAAUUAAAUCCAAAUGUUUAUUUUCAAAGUGGAAAUCAAUCCACAAAUAUAAAUAUAUCAACAACAUUGAAUAAUCAAUCCUAUAAUAAUAAUAAUAAUAAUAAUAAUAAUAAUAAUAAUACUACUGGUGGUACAAAUAUACCAGGAUUUUCACCUCCAUUUAAUGGAGGUACACCAUCCACAAUUAUAAGUCCAACUGAUAUUUCAACUAUAAUGCACAACUCGAAUAAUAUUAAAACGCUUAUUCUAUCUUGUGAGGAUUAUAAACAACUAUUAUCUUUUGAUAAUAGACUAUUGUCAAACCCAACUUUACCAGAUAUUCAGUCGAGUAUCCCUACCACCAUUUCACUUUAUGAUUUUUCUUUAAAAUCAUUUCUAUUUGACCGAAUCAACUUUAAAAAUAAUUUAUAUAAAUUUUAUUAUAAGAAACAAUAA